AUGCCUACCGUAUCAGUAGACAAAUAUGACCUCUUCGAGGCUCUGGGUCAACAAUACACGACCACCGAGUUCGAGGACCUCUGCUUCGAGUUCGGUAUCGAGCUGGACGAGGACACCGAGAACGAUGAGAGGCCGAUAGUGGAUGGCGUGCAGGAGCCGCCGCAGCUCAAGAUCGAGAUCCCCGCCAACCGCUAUGACAUGCUCUGCUUUGAGGGCAUCUCUCUCAUGCUCAACAUCUUCCGCGGCAAGCAGGCUGCCCCGAACUUCCGCCUCGUCCAGCCGAGGAACGGCGAGAUGCAGACGAUAACCGUGCUCGAGGAUACCGCCAAGGUCCGCCCCCUCGUCGCCGGCGCCAUCCUACGUGACGUUAAGUUUACCAAGAAGAGCUACGACUCCUUCAUCGCCUUGCAGGACAAGUUGCACCAGAACCUCGCGCGGCAGCGCACCCUCGUCGCCAUCGGUACCCAUGACCUCGACACCGUCAAGGGCCCCUUCACCUACGAGGCCCGCCCACCCAAGGACAUCAGCUUCGUCCCCCUCAACCAGACCAAGACCCUCGACGGUGAGCAACUGAUGGCCUUCUACGAGAAAGACAAGCACCUGGGGAGGUACCUGUACAUCAUCCGCGACAAGCCUGUAUACCCGGUCAUCUAUGACGCGAACCGCGUCGUCUGCUCGUUGCCGCCCAUCAUUAACGGCGACCACUCCAAGAUCACGCUGAACAGCCGCAAUGUCUUCAUUGAGUGCACCGCCACUGACGCGACCAAGCUCGACACCGUUAUCAACAUGAUGGUCACCAUGUUUUCCGUCUACGCUGCCGAACCCUUCACUGUUGAGCCCGUCAAGGUCAUAUCUGAUCACAACGGGCAGACGCGCAUCACGCCGAACCUAUCGUCGCGCACCGAGACAGUUGAGGUCGACUACAUUAACGGCUGCCUCGGACUUUCGGAGUCCGCCGAGAGCAUAUCUGCGCUGCUUACUAAGAUGGCCGUGACCGCGCGGCCGUCGGACGCCGACCCAGCCGCGCUCAUCGAGGUUACUAUCCCGCCGAUGCGCGCCGACAUCCUGCAGCGGUGCGACAUUAUGGAGGACGUCGGCAUCGCGUACGGCUUCAACCGGCUGCCGCGCAUCUCGGUGACGAAGACGGUCGGUGCACCGCUGCCGCUUAGCAAACUCGCCGACAUCGUCCGGCUCGAGUGCGGCCUCGCCGGGUGGACCGAGGUGAUGCCGCUGAUCCUGUGCAGCCACGACGAGAACUUCGCCUGGCUCAACCGGCGCGACGACGGGCGUACGGCGGUGCGGCUCGCGAACCCCAAGACGGCCGAGUACCAGAUCGUUCGCACGUCGCUGCUACCCGGGCUGCUGAAGACGCUGCGGGAGAACAAGGGCCACAGCGUGCCGGUCCGCGUGUUCGAGACGUCAGACGUCGUGUUCCAGGACCCGGCGGUGGAGCGGCGGGCGCGCAACGAGCGGCACUUCGCCGCGGCGUGGUGCGGCAAGACGAGCGGGUUCGAGGAGGUGCACGGCCUGCUCGACCGCGUUAUGGCGAUGCUGCGGCAGGCCUUCCUGACGCACGAAGAGGGGCUGGCGUCGCCACCGGGCAAGGACAUCGACUUUGCGGUCACUCCCGCGCACGAGAAGCGAGACGGAUAUUGGCUCGAGCCCAUCGACGACGAGCCCACAUUCUUCCCCGGCCGCGCGGCCGCAGUCCACCUACGCCUCGGCGGCAAGGCCGCGCGCGUCGGCGAGUUCGGCAUCUUGCACCCGUCCGUGCUCGAGAACUUCGAGCUCAAGUACCCCGUCAGCACGCUAGAGAUCAAUCUCGAGGUCUUCCUGUGA